AAAAAUUAAUAAGUGGGAACUUUUCUUAAAGAGAAAUUAACAAAUUUAUAAAUUAAAAAUUUAUCAAGUUAACGAAAAGAAAAUAUCAUGAAAACAAUGGAUAAAAAUUUUAAUUUUUAAUUUGUGUCCAACAGUGAAAUAAAAUUUAAAAAAAAAAAUUUCAAGUGGUGUUAAAAAGUGUUGUUAGUGAGAAAAGUUGAAAUUGAAAGAAAAGAAUAAAGGCAAAAAUUAUUUAUUUUAAAAAGAAGAGUUCGAAACUUUAAGUAAACUUAUUAAAGUUCACUGGUUGUAAAAUCUGAGUGCAAGUAGUGUCGCCAUCUACAGUGCUACUUAACAAAAAACAAAAAAAAUUUUUUGAAUUUAGAAAUUACUAAAAAGGAAAAAUAGAACAAUUUAAAAAUGAAAUAAUGAAGUUGAAAAUAAAACAAUUCAUUAGAAGUUACAGUAAUAAAUGGAACAAUAAGUAAUGUGCAAGGUACAACAAAGUGAAAAAUACUUAAGGAGAAAAUAAGGGAGAAAACAAUGACUUACUAGAAAUAUAUAAUAAAAGUGAAUAAAUAAAUUAUUUGUUAAUAAAUAAUUAAUAAAUAAUUAAUAAAUAAUUAAUAAGUAAUUAAUAAAUAAUUAAUAAAUAAUUAUUAAGUAAUUAAUAAAUAAUUAAUAAAUUAAUUAAUUAAUUAAUUAACUAAGAGAGAAAAUGUACAUGAAUGUGAACUAAAAACAAGAAAAGUAGAAUUCAAAACAGAAAAAAAUUAAGAAAGCUGGAAAGAUGUACAAUAAGCAGCGAAGAGCAGAAAGAUCGAAAGAUCUUUAAAAUUAAUUUUCUAUUCACAAACAAAAAGAGUGGACAGUAAAACGAUAAAAGAAAAGAUGAACAACGCCGAGAAGAUAAUAACCACCGACUCAUGGUCAAUGAAUACAAAAACUGAGACCAAUAAUUAUUGGGAAACAAUAAUUAAUAACGAAUUGAAUAAAACAAUUGACAACUACAUUUCCGAUAAUGAUGUUAAUGAGGAAUAUGAUUUAACGGGACCACGUCGAGAUACACUUUACGUUGUUAUACCAAUAACAAUUGUUUAUAUUUCAAUAUUCAUUACCGGAAUAAUUGGCAAUGUUAGCACGUGCAUUGUUAUUGCGCGCAACAAGUCAAUGCACACGGCAACAAAUUAUUAUCUCUUUAGCCUUGCAAUAUCCGACUUGUUGCUUCUUAUUUCUGGCCUACCACCUGAAAUCUGGUUAAUAUGGUUAAAAUAUCCCUACGUAUUUGGCGAAUGUUUUUGUAUAAUACGUGGAUUAGCAGCUGAAACAUCGACAAAUGCAACAGUAUUAACAAUAACUGCAUUCACUGUUGAACGUUAUGUUGCGAUAUGUCAUCCAUUUUUAUCGCAUACAAUGUCAAAAUUAGCGAGAGCUGUAAAAUUAAUAUUAGCCAUUUGGCUAAUUGCAUUGUCAUUUGCCGUACCGCAGGCAUUACAAUUUGGACUUGUCGAAACACAUGGUCCAGAAUCAGUGAUGUGUAUGAUGAAAUUUAUUAUUUUUCGUCAUUCCUUUGAAUUGUCGACAUUCUUAUUUUUCAUUGUGCCAAUGACAUUGAUUACAAUUCUCUAUGCAUUGAUUGGCUUGAAAUUAAGAAAGUCGAAUGCACUGAAGAGAGUUCGAGGACGAAGUGAAAAUAGUCGAGUCACUGCUGGUUCGAGCCGCAUCGAUAGACAAAGAACUUGUGCCGGUCGUUCUUCUAGAAGAGUUCUUAAAAUGCUUGUGGCAGUGGUUGUUGCAUUUUUCAUUUGUUGGGCGCCAUUCCACGUUCAGAGGUUAAUUGCAAUUUAUGGAACAAACUCAGAGGAUCAUAUGAGUUCCAAAGGGCCAAUGGAGGAAUUUCUCUACCUUCUUUUCACUUAUCUGUCCGGUGUUCUCUACUACGUAUCAACAACGAUCAACCCAAUUCUUUACAACAUAAUGUCACACAAAUUUCGAGAAGCAUUCAUGGAAACAUUAUCAAGGGGCUGUUUAUUUCGUCGUUUCACAGUUCAAAGAGAGCAACGCUCCUACUCAAGUUUAUCACGUUCACAACAAAAAGCUCCCGCUACUUUUGGUUCAAAAUCAAUUGGAAAUACAGGUUCCGUGGCAGUUGCGCAGGAAAGCACAGAAUACUCAGGCAAUUCAAUUCGUGAUGAGAGUCUUCGGCGAAUUUCAUCAUUUUCAGGACGUGAUGGUAAAUAUUCAAUUCACUCCAAUGACAAGCAUUUGAAAAAAGAAAAGAAACAGGAUAGAAUGAAAAUGGAAACAAGUCAAUCGUAUCCACUAGAUGGAAAAUUAAAUUUAUUGUCAAUUUCAGACAAUGAAACGUGUAAGAAUUAUGAUAAUCAAAGAUGGCAGGAAAAUAUUAUGGUACGUGAGAAAAUGUUACCUAAAGAAAUUCCAAAGAAAUUAAAAUCAACAACAACAACAACAACAACAUCAGUUAAAGUGGCGCGUGAUACAACGAAAAAAUGGUGGAAAUUAUUGAAUUGGUUACCGGGUUUUAAAUCAUUUCGUGUUCAACAACAAUUACCAUAUGGACAAACUGGAAUCAGUGACAAUAUCGUUCUCGAAAGUAAUCAACUUAAUGAAUUUUCCAUUAAUUUAAAAACAAUCAAGGAAAAUGAAAAUAAUCUUCGACUGGUGUAGAAAAAAAACAAUAGUUUCAUCUACUUAUAAAUUUAUAAUAAUGUAAUUAUAAACAAUAAU